UUCCACUUGGAUUUGUGAGAUUGGGAGGUGAGGAACCAUCUGACCCACAUUCUCUCUCUCUCUCUCUCUCUCUCUCUCUCUCUCUUCCUCUGAAAAAACAAAAGAAAAAAGAAAAAAGGAAGAAGCCCUUUUCUUGCCAGCUCCAAUUGGGUUUGUUUCAGCUCAAUUUUCCAGGUUACAAGUUACAGCCAAAGUACCUACAUUUGUUCUUGGAAGAUAAAUCUUUGACAUUUGUUCGCCAAUCUGCACAGGUUUUAGCUCUCUGUUUCUGUUUCUGUUUCCUCCCUCGCCAUUUUGGGCGACUCUGCAUUUUGUACUCAUAGCCAUUCGUCGUUGACUCAUUGGUUCGCUCUUUUGGUAGUUUCUUCUUCAUUGCUGAAAGGAAUCGAGAUUCAGGCAAUCGGUGGGGAACCCAGAAGGGCAUUUUUGGAUUUGGGUGGAAAUUUUUUUGGGAUUGGGAUCUUACAUUGUGAUCUCAAUGGUGGUCAAGCCAUAAAUUGCAGUGUUUCUGGAGCUGGAAUUAGCUGCAAAUCUGAAAAUUACAGUCUUUUACAUACAACCCAAGAAGCAAUUUUAUUUCAGUGGAGAAUCUCUUUGGAGAUGCUGAUGAAAGGGCAUGGGCUUGGAAGUUCUUUAUCCUCCUCUUUUAGUUUUUUGAACUGCAUAGAACUCAAUAGCAAAUGGGGAGCGAGAUUCGAUUCCUUGUGAAGAAAGGUUUUUGUUUUUCUUGAAAUUAAAGAAAAACAAGGUUUUUGAGAUGGGGUUCUUUUUGGGUUUAAGGAGCUGCUUUGAAUAUCCAUUGAACUAGUCAUUAUAUUGUUGAAUAGCCUUAGAUUUGGGUUUCUUUGGUAUUUGGUUCUAUCUAUGAUUGAGCUAAGGGAAGGGGCAUAGUUUGUUUUAGAAGAGAAGAACCUGAAAAUGGCUGCAAAGCUUCUGCAUUCUUUAGCUGAUGAAAAUCCAGAUCUGCAGAAGCAAAUUGGAUGCAUGAAUGGGAUUUUUCAGCUGUUUGAUCGUCAGCAUAUACUCAGUGGAAGACAUAUGAGGCCCAAGCGGCUUCCUCCUGGCACUUCUCAUCUGAAUAUUGGCAACCCAGGAAAAGAGUACAAUAUCAUUCAGAGAGAAUCGCCAGUCGACCUGUCUCCAAAUGAGAGUUUCAAUGAGAGACAAAGGUUCAAUAAAGAAUUGUCAAGAGCCUCUUUCUCCUCUUGUUCAUCUUCCCUGUCCUCUAGCGAGUACAACAGAACAGCUCAAUCGCAAGCUUCCUCCUUUGAUCAAAUACUUCUAUCUAGAACACCCUCGAGGGAAUCUGCAGCAAACCCGUCAAAUACCUCUCCGCGUGUAGGGAGGCAACACCUUGAUCUUCGAGAUGUCGUGAAGGAUUCUAUGUAUAGGGAAGCUAGAACGUUAUCGGUCAAAACAUCUGCCAAUGAGGAAGCAUCGAGUCGUUCUAUGAAGCAUAGAGACUCUCCAAGACCUUUGCAGCGACCCCAAUCAACUGAUGGGGCUUCUAAAGUUGAUACAAAUUGGAAACAAAAGAUGCCUAUUGAUCUGAAGGAGUCUCUUCUAGUUCUUGCUAAACUUCGAGAUGCACCAUGGUACUACAAUGAAGUUGAAGAACAUGAAAGACCGUCUCACGAAGUAAAAGAUAGAUUUUUGCAACCAUUCUCUAGAGAUGCUCCUCGAUUUUCUUAUGAUGGAAGAGAGGUUGAUCUAUUAUCCUUUGAAUCACGAGAUACCAUUCGGUCAGCUCCAAAAUUUAAAGACUUCCCAAGACUCUCAUUGGACAGCAGGGAGAGUUCAAACCAAGGUUCCAAAUCUGUGUCAAAUCCAACUAGACUUUCAAAGAACUUGCACGGAAGCGAUUGCUCAAGUGAAAAAUCUACUGAUCCACAACAACCAUCAGGAUCUCGAAAGCAUCCCCCGAGCGUUGUGGCGAAGUUAAUGGGAUUAGAAGCACUUCCAGGUUCACCCUUGGCUAGUGAUACUCUGGUUAGAGGUGACCCUUUUGUUAGCUCAUUGGAGGGCACAAGUUCUAUCAGGCCAAUCAGAACUUCUGACUCUCCCCGGAACACAUUGAAAGGCCCAACUUCACCACGAUGGAAGAAUUCUGAUUUAGUUAUGAAACCUAUCCCAAAUUCAAAGUUUCCUGUAGAAAUUGCACCGUGGAGACAGCCAGAUGGAAGCCGAGCUUUUCAUAAACCUGCUCUGAAGCAUGCCAAAGGGUUAGCUGGAUCAUCUAACUCCUUUCCUUCUGUUUAUAGCGAAAUUGAAAAACGAUUGGAAGACUUAGAGUUCAAACAAUCAGGGAAAGAUCUUAGAGCUCUAAAACAGAUCCUUGAGGCUAUGCAAUCAAAGGGGGUUUUGGAUACUAGGAAGGAAGAGGAAGCUUCUAACAAUGGAAGUCAAAGAGACAAUGAACCAAAACGGGAGAGUGCUAGUGUUAAUUCUAGGUUGAUCAGUGAUCGAAGUCGGCAAAAGAACCAAAAGGCUGCAACAACUAGCAGGCCUGAUUCUUCCAGGUGUGGGGAAUCUCCAAUUGUGAUCAUGAAACCGGCAAAACUUAUAGAAAAAUCUGGAAUCCCAGCUUCCUCAGUUAUUCAAAUCGAUGGCCUUCCUGGUCUCCCCAAGAUUCAUAAAUCCCCACAUGGUAAAAAGAACUCCGGUGGUAGCCGAGCAGUUAAAGAUAUAUCUCCUGAAAAUAGUCACGGGGACUCUGGUGUUAGUUCCACCAAAAAGAAAGAGAAUGAAAAAAAUGUAAGACCAACGCAUUCUUCUUCAAAGCAUCAACAUUUGCCAAAGGAGAACACCGGAAGUUCAAUAAAAACCUCAGGUUCUGUGAGCCCAAGACUGCAACAUAAGAAGGCUGAGCAGGACAGACGAUCUCGACCACCUACUCCUCCAUCCGACCCGAACAAAACCAGAAGGAAAUCCAGACAAGGAACAGAUUCAGGUUCUCCUGUUGGAAAACCAAGAAUGAAAUCCUCCAUUGUGUCCCAAAUUGAUGACCAAUCGAGUGAGAUAAGUAAUGAAUCAAGAACUUUGAGCAACCAGGGUGAUGACAUAUCCCAACUCUCUGACAGUAAUUUAUCCUUGGACUCAAAGACGGAUAUAGAAGUCACCAGCAGCGAACUUCCUGCAAUUAAUGGUAGCCAGAUUUUACAAAUGAAGGCUUCAAAGUACUCAGAUUCUCAUUCAAUGGAAAAUGCAGAACUUGCAACUCCUGCCCCUGAACAUCCUAGUCCAGUCUCCAUUCUUGAUGCCUCUUUAUAUAGAGAUGAGGAAUCAUCUCCUGUUAAGCAGAUAUCAAAAGCCCUCAAAGGUAGUAGGAAUUUGGGCUCUGGAGAUUGUGGUGAAUACCAAUGGAGCUCCAAGGAUGGCAUCUUAUCCAACAGUGUGGAGCCCAGUCUUACUGCAGAAAUCAACCGCAAGAAACUGCAAAACAUCGACAACUUGGUUCAGAAGCUCAGGCGCCUGAACUCUCAUUAUGAUGAAGCAAAAACAGAUUACAUUGCAUCAUUAUGUGAGAAUACUGAUCCAGAUAACAGAUACAUAUCUGAAAUAUUGUUAGCAUCUGGCCUCUUGCUUCGGGACCUUGGCUCUGGCUUGGCAACAUUUCAACUCCACCCUUCCGGUCAUCCGAUCAACCCCGAGUUAUUCUUUGUUUUGGAGCAAACAAAAACAAGCAGUUUGCUAAGAAAGGAUGACAGCUGCUCUGUGAAGGUUGCAGAUUCAAAACUGAACCAGGAGAAAUCUCAUCGCAAACUCAUUUUUGAUGUUGUCAAUGAGAUUCUUGCUAGAAAGUUGUCUGUUGUUGCUGCAUCGCCUGAGCCAUGGACGACAUCUAAGAAACUAGCAACUAAAACUCUUAGUGCCCAAAAGCUUCUAAAGGAGUUAUGUUCCGAAAUAGAACAGUUCCAAACCAAAAAACCCGAUUGCAACUUCGAAGAACAGGACGAUGGUUUGAAAAGCAUCUUAAAGGAGGAUGUGAUGCAAAGAUCCGAGAGUUGGACAGAUUUAUUUGGUGACGUCUCCAACGUCGUCUUAGACAUUGAAAGAUUGAUCUUCAAAGACUUAGUUGACGAAAUUGUAUACGUUGAGGCUGCUCAUUUACGCGCCAAGUCAGGCAGACGAAGACAGUUGUUUACUUGAUAGUUUCUUCUUCUAUAACAUUUUCCACCUCUAUCUGAUUUUUCCUUUCAAAGUGAUGGAACUUUCAAUUUUUUUUUUCUUUUUAUGACAUAUAUAAUGCUGAGAAGCAUUGUGACUAAUUGUUAAGAAGUGUUGUAAAGAUGGUGCAAAAGUUUUUUCAAACCAUGAAUAUUCUUGUUCUGAAUCAA